AUGUCGCUCAAUAAUAAACGGAAAGCAUCAUCGGGACUUAGUGUUAUUUGCACUAACGUCACAGAACCUUGCGAUACUUUGUUACAAGCGAGACACAAGCGAGAACUGGAGGAGUGGUUCAAGCUUUGCGCUAAAAUGAAGUUAAAACCUAUCGAACCACUUUCCCUAACACGAUUAAGUCGACCACCGAAUUCGCCCCAUAACGGCACUGGAGCGGAGACAGCAAUUAAAUAUAACAUAUUGGCCAGAACCCACAGAACCGUGACAAUAACUGCUGAAUUGUUGAAGGAAUUGCAGCAACAAAAUCCGUUUGAAGCGCCGAGAUUGCAUUUGGUAGAAAUCUCGACGCAGCAGCAAAAAAUUCAAUCACCGAAUUUCGCUCCAGAUGCAAAUUCAGCCGGCUCGAUUGCCAAUAGCACCAGAAUGUUCCAUUAUGACCCUGAUUCUGGCCUAACCUUCGGUUUGUGA